AUGGCGGCGGCCGCCGCUGGACUGAGCUGGAGGCGGGUGUCUUCCUUCACGGGGCCGGUGCCGCGCUCCCGCCACGGGCACCGCGCGGUCGCCAUCCGCGAGCUGGUCAUUAUCUUCGGGGGCGGCAACGAGGGCAUCGCCGAUGAGCUGCACGUCUACAACACGGUUACAAAUCAGUGGUUCCUUCCUGCUGUAAGGGGAGAUAUUCCUCCAGGCUGUGCAGCACAUGGAUUUGUUUGUGAUGGUACCAGAAUACUAGUUUUUGGAGGAAUGGUUGAAUAUGGAAGAUACAGUAAUGAUUUAUAUGAAUUGCAGGCAAGUCGAUGGCUCUGGAAAAAAGUAAAACCUCAAGCUCCUUCCACUGGAUCACCACCUUGUCCUCGACUUGGCCACAGCUUUUCUUUAUAUGGUAACAAGUGCUAUUUAUUUGGUGGCCUGGCGAAUGAAAGUGAGGAUUCAAAUAAUAACGUUCCCAGAUAUUUAAAUGAUUUCUAUGAACUGGAGCUGCAACACGGUUCUGGCGUUGUCGGCUGGAGUAUUCCUGUGACCAAAGGGAUCUUGCCGUCUCCCCGAGAAUCUCACACAGCCAUCAUAUACUGCAGAAAAGAUUUGGGAAGUCCAAAGAUGUAUAUUUUUGGAGGGAUGUGUGGCUGUCGGCUUAAUGAUCUCUGGGAACUUGACAUAGAAACCUUGACCUGGUCAAGACCAGAAACUAAAGGGACAGUACCACUUCCUCGCAGUCUCCAUACGGCCAAUGUAAUAGGAAACAAAAUGUAUGUUUUUGGUGGAUGGGUUCCACAGUCAGCAGGAGGUGAAAUUUCUGCUCAUGAUGGUGAAUGGAAAUGUACCGGUUCAUUUUCUUAUCUUAAUUUGGAUACCACAGAAUGGAUAGGUCUGAUCUCAGAUUGCCAGGAGGACAAAAGUAACUUGUUACCAGGGCCAAGAGCAGGACACUGUGCUGUAGCGGUUGGCACUCGUCUGUAUAUCUGGAGUGGUAGAGAUGGUUACAGAAAAGCUUGGAACAAUCAAGUUUGCUGCAAAGAUCUUUGGUACCUUGAUACUGAGAAACCUCCAGCACCAUCACAGGUACAGCUGAUCAGAGCUACAACCAACUCUUUUCAAGUGAAAUGGGAUGAAGUACCUACAGUUGAAGGAUAUCUUCUUCAAUUACAUGCUGACUCACCAGUGCCAUCAGUGGCUGGAAUACCUGGUACCGGGGUUCCUGAGACAUCAGUGCUGAGUUCACAAGGUGGCUCUUCUCUACAUCAAAGUCCACAAUCACUGCCUAGUGUCCCUUAUCCAGAAAUGAAGGUGGAUCAUCCCAGCCAAACAAAUAAUGUCAUUCCUAAUAACGUCCAAGUUUCCCUUUCAUCCAACUCAUUAUUAAAAGUAGAAGGAAAAGAAAAGGUUGCAGCACCUGAAAACAAGAUUACACAGGAGACUAUGAAAAACCAUGCAGAUGCUACAGGAUUCAAAGAAUCAAAUGCCCCUUCUCUUUUGCCUGUUUGUACUUCAAGUCCUCAGACUUCAGCAAAUGUAGGUGAAUUAAAUGACUUGGACAAACGAACUGUAAAUCCUGAUGCUUCUGUAUCCAGUACUGUCUCCAGCACACAAACUAUGGUAACCCAGCAGGCUGUUAAAACUGAAUCAUCAAGUACAAAUGGGGCAGUUGUUAAAGAUGAAACUUCACUAACAACAUUCAAUUCAAAAUCUGAAGCUGCUGAAACUGCUUAUAUCAUGCCUUCGACAAGGGUCAAUACUGGACAGACAAAUGAUUCACACUCCUCUAAAACUCCACAAAGACAGAUGGCACCGGUGAAAACAAGAGACCGGCAGUGGUAUGAUGUUGGAAUUUUUAAGAACAACAGUGCUGUGGUGAGCCAGUUCUACUUGCUGCCAGAGGAAACACUGAGCAUCCCUAGCAAGAUGGAAAGUGCAGAUGUACCAGACUACAGGUUACUUAAGAAACAGGAUCUUUUUCCAGGCACAGUGUACAGGUUCAGAGUUGCUGCAAUUAAUGGCUGUGGUGUUGGCCCUUUCAGUAAAAUCAGUGAAUUCAAGACUUGCAUUCCGGGUUUUCCUGGAGCUCCUUCAACAGUCAAAAUCACCAAGAGUGUAGACUGUAUUCAUCUUUCUUGGGAGCCUCCUGCUUCACCGUCUGGAAAUAUUUUAGAAUAUUCUGCCUACUUAGCAAUCCGUUCCACACAAUUACAGGAAAAUCCAAGUCAGCUUGUAUUUAUGAGAAUAUACUGUGGUCUUAAAACAUCGUGUAUAGUGACUGCUGCCCAACUUUCAAAUGCUCAUGUUGAUUACACUUCCCGACCUGCUAUAGUGUUCAGAAUUUCUGCAAAGAAUGAGAGAGGAUACGGACCAGCCACGCAAGUUCGAUGGCUUCAAGGUAAAGUCAGUGUCAGACGCAGCAUUUAAAUGGGCUGUAGCUGUGGCAGAGAAAAUGGCGUAUUGUGUCUCUAGAACCAACACUUUUCUCAGCAGUGCAUGUGAAGUUCUUGAAAUUUUGUUUUGUUCCUUAUAGAAGUUUUAGGAAAAUUUAGUUGUUGAAUUUGGCAUAACAUUUAAAAAGAUUUUCUGUAUUUGUUCACGAGCAAAGACAAGCAAGUACUGAAAUGCUGGUUAUUGAGUUUUACCCAGUCCCUCAAAUAAUAAAAGCCUAGUAAGCU